AUGAGAGUACGACGUACGCUCAAGGGCCAUUUAGCGAAAAUUUAUGCUAUGCAUUGGGCCACCGAUAAACGCCAUUUAGUGUCUGCAUCGCAAGAUGGAAAAUUACUUGUCUGGGAUGCUUAUACAACCAACAAAACAUUCGCGAUACCCUUAAAAUCCUCUUGGGUCAUGACGUGUGCUUAUGCUCCCAGUGGUAAUUAUGUUGCUUCAGGCGGUUUAGACAAUAUAUGCUCUAUUUACAGUAUACAAUCGUCGUCAUCGUCGUCAGCAACGCACAAUAAUAGUCACUCACAUUCUAAUUCAAUACCUACACCGGCCAAACCAGCAAGAGAACUAUCAGGGCAUUCAGGCUAUUUAAGUUGUUGCCGGUUUUUGAGCGAUAACCAAAUUUUAACGUCGAGUGGAGACACAACGUGUGCAUUGUGGGAUAUCGAUGCUGGUGUAAAAUUAGAUGAAUUCACUGAUCAUACAGGUGAUGUCAUGAGUUUAUCUAUUUCAUCGAACCCUCAUAUAUUUGCUUCAGGCGCUUGUGACGCCAGUGCUAAAAUAUGGGACAUACGUAGCAAAAGGUGUGUCCAGACGUUUAUCGGCCACGAAGCUGAUAUCAAUGCUGUUCAAUUCUUUCCGAAUGGUAACGCGAUAGGGACAGGAUCAGACGACGCCAGCUGCCGUUUGUUUGACCUACGUGCAGAUCGCGAGCUCAACAUGUUUACUCAUGGACAAGUCUUUAGUGGCGUCACCUCAGUAGCAUUCUCUAUAUCAGGGAGAUUGUUGUUUGGUGGCUAUGAUGAUUACCAUUGUCAUGUGUGGGAUACACUAAGAGGUGAACGUGUAGCCGUGCUCAGCGGCCAUGAAAAUAGAGUAUCGUGUUUAGGCAUAUCCACCGACGGUAGGGCCUUAUGUACAGGAAGUUGGGAUAACUUGCUGAAAAUCUGGUCGUAG